AUGCCGAGAAACCAGUUUAGUAUUCCCGACUUAAAAAACCCGGAUGCAGACAAAGUUCGUUUAGAGAUCAAAAAAGCAUGCGAGAAGUUCAUGUUGUCCGAUGAUAAUCUUAUGAAAGUGUCAAAAAUCAUGGAUGACGAAAUGAACCGGGGCUUGCGGGGCGAGUCCAGUUGCCUGAAAAUGUUGCCAUCGUUCGUUCGGGCAGUUCCGAACGGUACGGAACGAGGCGAUUUCCUGGCACUUGAUCUUGGCGGUACCAAUUUUCGAGUGUUGCUGAUUAAACUGAAGGGUGAUGUAGCUGAGAUGACUGGUAAAGUAUAUCGUAUACCUGAGGAAAUUAUGAGAGGUGUUGGCACUGCGCUAUUUGAUCAUAUUGGCCAAUGCUUAGCGGAUUUCCUAGAAGAACAUAAUUUAAAAGAAUCCAAAGAGUUGCCUCUCGGUUUCACAUUCUCAUUCCCCGUGGAACAAGAAAACCUUACCGCUGGCAAACUAAUUAAUUGGACGAAAGGUUUCAAUGCGAAAGGAGUGGAAGGCCAAGACGUCGUUCAAUUCCUUCGAGAUGCGUGUAAUCGACGUAAGGAUAUAAGUAUUGAUGUAGUAGCAUUACUUAAUGAUACAGUUGGCACUUUGAUGGCAUGUGCCUUUAAAGACAAUACUUGUCAAAUCGGUGUUAUCCUUGGAACUGGCACAAAUGCCUGCUACAUGGAAAAGCUAUCCAAUUGCCCAAAAUUCAAAAAAUAUGGAUUUGACAGAGACAAAUAUCCAAAAGAAAUGAUUAUAAACAUAGAAUGGGGAGCCUUUGGUGAUAAUGGCUGCAUAGAUUUUCUUCGCACAGAAUUUGACAGAGACGUCGAUGGUGGAUCUAUCAAUCCGGGUAAACAUCUAUUUGAAAAGAUGAUUUCUGGGAUGUACUUGGGAGAGAUUGUGCGCCUUGUUCUUGUAAAACUUGCAAAGGAGAAAAUGCUCUUCGAUGGUGAUUAUGAAGCUAUUUCAAAGCCAAAUUGUUUUCCAACCAAAUUUGUCUCCGAUAUUGAGGAACAAAAGGGUCUCGGCGAUUUACGAAGAACACUUCAAAUCCUUCAACAAAUCGGAAUUAAUAAAAUAAGUGAUAGCGAUUGCUUUCAUGUUGCAUAUGUUUGCGAAGUGGUCAGCACUCGGGCUGCAUAUCUCACUGCAGCUGGCAUAUCAUGUAUUUUGACCCGUAUGCAAAAGAAAUUUGUAACAGUGGGAGUAGAUGGAUCGGUGUAUCGGUUUCACCCGAAAUUCGACAAAAUUCUUGAUGCGAAAAUCAAUGACUUAUUGCCAAAAAAUCUUGAUUACCAACUUAUGCUGUCGGAAGAUGGAAGCGGUCGUGGAGCAGCACUUGUCGCUGCUGUUGCUGAUCGGAUCAGGAAGGAACAUGAAUAA